AUGCCAACCACCCACCCGUCAAUUAAUUCCAUUCACCGUUCGAAUCCUUACUACGAAAAUCAGUACCUGGUGUCAGAUACACUCUAUAUCCACCGUAUACACUCUGUGAUUUCCAAGGCAGAAAUAUACGAGCUAUUCAAAGGAUGUGAACUCACAGAGGUCCAGUUGAAUCAUCAUUAUACAGACCACACUUCAGGACAUCUGCGCUUUCCCAACAGAGACAAAGCUGACCGAGCAUACACAAUGUUUAACGGUGCGAUCCUAAGGAGUGGGUCUUUUCUCCAACUCCUAAUCUAUUCACCCGAGAGUAACAGACCAGAGCCUAAACCAUCGGCUGGGAUCCUAUACGUCAAAGAUCUACCGCCUCAGACUAACAACGUAUCUCUUUAUGACAUUUUUCGACCUUUUGGUCCAAUGAACAUAUGCAAGAUUCUUGUCGAGCAAGGGCAUGAGCUCAAAGGCACUGCAUUGCUUUUAUACUUUAAAUCAGAAGAUGCAGCACAUGCAGAACAAACCAUGAACAACACACCUAUCCUAGGGUCAACCAUAACAGUUAUACCAUAUAUCUCACAGCAAAAAUCCCAACCAGCUGCCUAUGAGGUGCAUAAUACCUCAUCCAAUCAACAACGAACAGACACAACAGGAACAGGAACAGGAACAGGAACAGGAACAGGAACAGGAACAGGAACAGGAACAGGUUCAGGAACAGGUUCAGGAACAGGUUCACAAGUAUUGAGAAACAUUAGUCCACCAAACGGUCUUCAAAUACAGGCACCAGCCCAGGUAGACUUUACAAAUCUCUACAUCAAAAACCUUGACCUCGAUGUCAGCAGCACAGACUUGUUCACCAAUUUCCGCAAAUUCGGCCACAUCGUCUCUGCACGAGUCAUGAAGGACAAGAACGGGGAACUAGAAAAGUCAAAGGGGUUUGGGUUCGUCAGCUUUUUAAACCCGGGUGACGCCCAGCGUGCGAUGCAGGAAAUGAACAACAAGUACAUCAUGUCCAAGCCAAUAGUUGUAGCCUUUCACGAACCAAAAAAGACAAGAACCGAUCGUCCUCCACAGCAACAGACUAACAGCAGCUUCAACUCCACCCUUUCUCCUCUUACUCCUCUUCAUCCUCAACAGAUUCACCCUCACCCUCACACUCAUCCUUCUCACUCUCCAACCCCAAACAAUUCCGGCAUACAAACCUCUUACCCUCAGUCUUUGACUAACGCCACUUCUGAUAAUUCAAGCCAACAACACCAAAUCAAAAUCACUGACAAUUCACCACUUGAUACCUCUCGCCGAUUCUCUUCUCGAGGAAGCUACGUCCCGGCCCUGACCCAUUCUCCCGCUAACCUUUCUUCAUUUCCAUCAACACCAGACUACAUACCUGCAAAAUUUUUAGCAUCAUCUCAACUAGAUCGUAGCCCCCAAGCGCAGUCUCAGUUUACAGCCAACGGGUUCUUUAACAGUUACAACAACGUCACCAGUGGUCUGACAGCAAAUUACCAACAAAAUCUGCAAACAGUUUCAGCUGAAAAGGAUUACAUGAUUAGUGGAUACCCAAAGACAGCUCGUAAACAUAGUCAGAUCUCAAUAACAUCUCCGUCUGUCAAUAAAGCUAUAAGAGCCACGACUAUUCCGAUUACCUCCCCUAUGGUUACCAAUUUAAACACAAUCUCUCGUACCUCCAAGCACUCUUUUACUCAACCGAUACCCGUCAAGGCCUCCAAAGUAGGAGGCAUGGGAGGAAGAGGCGGCGGUGGCGGUGGUGGUGGUGGAUUUGGAAAACCCCCGAAUACCCCUAAGCUUGCCACCCUUUCGCUCCCAACAACCUCCAAAACCGCCCUAAACGGACUCACCCUUCGACGGCGUGACUCUGUCGAAUCGGUCUCUAGCGCAAUGACAGUUUCGACAUCUACCAUUCAACGCGUCAAGAUGGCACGCGCUGUGUCAAAGUGCGGAGAGAGCCGACAUGUGGACGAUAUUGUCGACCUUUUGCUAACCCUGAAAAUAAAAGAACGAACCUUAUGUCUGUUCAACAAAGAUUUUCUGCGUGGCAGAAUUGAAGAAGCAAAGUCCGCACUCGAGGUAUUCUUGGAAGAAGACGAGGUUGUUACACCUGUGGAGCAAGACGACCGUAGCUGCUGUCACUCCAUCGUCCCACUUUAUUCCCAAAACUAUCCGUAUCAACCUCAAUUGGCGCAUCAUAAUCAAUCUCCGUACCAACACCAAUCAUAUCAACAGGGCACAUUGUAUCAACCAGAGAAAGCAACAAAAACGGCCGGAAGGUAUGCCGCUGCCGGCACCACUACUGUCACCAACGGCACCUCUAAUGCCACUAGAAAUGGACCGAAUAAUGCAAAUCCCACCACUCAAUGGAAUCAACCCUCUGUUUUUCAUAUGCCCUUACCUUACACCCCCAAAUCUCUCAUGUUCUCGGGAGACUUUCCGACAACGAUCAAUACCACGUUGUUGGGUGACCUAUCCCUUCAACCGCGUGGCUCACGUGCUAUUCCAAUCAUAGCACCGCCAACGAAGCACCAACAGACUUCUCAACCAGACUCUAGAGAAUCUUUAGAGAGAGACCAGAAGCAAAAGGUAAAAGCUUUAUUGGAUUCCAUAGAGGGUACCUCGGGAAUUGUCACAAAACAACUGGUGGGAGAAAGGCUAUUCCCGCUUGUCAAGGCAAUAGGCGUAAGACGAGCGCCAAAGAUUACUAUUCGCCUCUUAGAUACUCUUUCAGCAGAAGAACUUGCCAACUCAAUGUAUGACAAGGAAAAGCUGAAGGUAAAGGUGGACGCCGUGGUAGCUUCUCUGAAUGCAAGCCAGCAAUAUUAAAUCAUAUUUCCCCACAAAGACAUGUAUACCUCAUUCUCUCUCUUUACCUAUCUAACUAACGAACUAACUAUUUAACUAUCAACUUUCUCGCAUUCACCUUAUAUUUAAUAAACAUACAAUCUCUCUCUCUC